AUGGAGACAAAAGUCGAAACGACGAUUACUUGGGUGAUAAAAAACUUCUCUUCGUUGCAAACAACAACGGUUUAUUCUGAUAAUUUCGUCGCUGGUGGCUGCAACUGGCGUUUUCUGGCCUAUCCAAAGGGAAAUAAUCAAGCAAAUCAUUUUUCUCUGUAUAUAGCCCUGCCUGAUAAGGAACCUUUACCUAUUGGAUGGAGAAGACAUGUGAAAUUUUCUCUAAGUGUAGUAAAUAAAUAUUCAGAAACACUCUCUACACGAAAAGAGACAGAACACUGGUUUGAAGAUAAAGCUCCUAGUUGGGGAUUUCCGACCUUGAUUUGCCUCACUGAACUUAAUGACAAAGAGGGGUUUCUGGUGAAUGGAGAGCUCACAGUUGUUGCUAAGGUCGAAGUUCUUGAAGUUGUAGGAAAAUUAGAGGAAUCUUCUUCACCAGUAACGGUAACCGUAGAGGUCAAUGGGUUUCAAGUUCUUCCUUCACAGGUAAAAUCUGUGAAGUCUUUGUUUGAAAGACACCAAGAUACUGCAUCAAAAUUUCGGCUAAAGAAUCCAUACCUGAAGACGGCGUACAUGAAUUUUCUCUUGAGCUUAACACAAACGCUGUGUCGAUCUACUCAAGAAAUCUCCAAGGAUGAUCUCUCUCAUGCAGGCGCUGCACUAAUAUAUUUGAAAAAAGCAGGGUUUAAGUUGGAUUGGUUGGAGAAGAAACUUGGUGAAGUAAAGAACAAGAAGAAGAAAGAAGAAGCUUGUUUGGCCCGGAUGCGAGAAAUGGACGAAGAGCUUCAGCCCUUUAAGAAGAAGUGCUUAGACCUUAGAGCUCAGAUGGAUAAGGUGAAGGAAGAGCUGUCAGAAGCUAGAGCCCCUCUCCCCUUGUUCGAUGACAAUGUUGCCUGAUCACUUCAGAGUUCUUAAGCACUUGGAUUUAGGUUUU